AUUUGCUCUGUAGAGCUCAUGACAUCAUCAUGUAGUCAGCUGGUGAAAAGCUGUGUCCCUGCAUGAGGAUUAAUGCUGAGCAUUAACACUCGUGAUUUUCCCUCCUGUCCUGAAAUGUUUCUGUGAUCUCGUUGUCUGUGACCAUGAACGUGUCAGGGAUCCGUGGUGGGAUGCUCAGGAUGUACGGUGGCUUUAUUUUCAAACGGUGGAAAAGGAGGUUUCUUCUGCUCACAGCUGAGGGAAGUCUCCUUGUAAGCCGCGAUGCUUCGUCUCCUCCCGACCAGCUGGUUCUCCUGCACAGAAGCUGUGAGGCCAUUGUGGAAGGCAAGGAGAUCCUGGACCUGCCCAGGUUACCCUCCAAUGGAUGCAGGGAUUGCUGCUUUGCUCUGAUCCUCUAUCACAAUAAAUAUGUGCUGCUGCUGGCUGAGAGUGCUGCAGAAUGCAGUCAGUGGCUCAAUGUGCUGAAAAAAGUCAAGAAGAGUCUCUCAUCGUCUCUGAGUCCUUGUCAGAGACAUCAGGUUGGACCACCACACAUCACUCUCUGUGACCUGGUUCCUGAGGCUGCUCGACCUGUGAGUGACGCAGAGUCGCCCAACCAGAAAGAUGGUCUCACAUGUUGCUCAAGCGCCCUCUGAUACACUGUAGAAUUCAUGAUGGAUUCUAUGAUGGUGAGCUGGCCAGGUCCUGCUGCAGCAAAGCAUCCCCAAACCAUGACACUUCCACCUUCAUGCUUCACAGUUGGUAUGAGGUUCUUUUCCUGGAACGCUGUAUUUUGUGUGCGCCAAACAUGUCCUCUGUUCUGUUGUCCAAAUAAUUCAAUUUUAGACUAAUCUGUCCAAAGAACAUUAUUCCAGAAGUCCUGUUCUUUGUCUACGUUCUCUCUGGCAAACUUCAGUCUGGCCUUAAUGUUUCUCUUGGAGAGUUAAGUUUUCCUCCUUGCACACAGUCUCUUUCUGAUUUUAGAGGCAUGCACUUUCACAUCAACAGUCACCAGAGCUUGCUGUAGGUCCCGUGAUGACAUUUUAGGGGUUCUGGAGACUUCUUUUAGCAUCUUGCGGUCUGCUCUCGGGGUGAACUGGCUUGGACGGCCAGACCUGGUCAUGUUGGCAGAUGUUUUGAAUGUCCUCCACUUGUACACUAUUUUCCGGACAGUGGAAUGGCUGAUUUCAAACUCUUUUGAGAUCUUUUUAAAUCCCUUACCAGACUCAUAAGCUGCAACAAUCUUCUUUCUGAAGGCCUCAGACAGGUCUUUGGAUCUCACCAUGGUGUUCAUGCUCACGUCAACAGUCAGGAGCACGCCAAACUGAAUGUCUGAGGUUUAAAUAGGGCAAGCCUCCUUCAAAAUGCUGAGUAACAAUGUUCUAAUCAUGUGCACCUGAUGUGAUACACCUGUGUGUGAUUUCAGCCAUUUUAAGUGGGAAAAAAUGUGGAGGUGUCCUAAUUUAUUCCUCACCAGAAAUUGCAUGUUUAUUUUAUUACGUUUUACAGAAAGUUUU